GCCACCCACGAGACGUGUGUGUGUGUCAGAAUAAAUUGUGAUCCACGUGUGCGCAGCCGGUGCAUUCCGCUAUAAGCGCCGUCCAUUCAAGAGGAAAGUCGGGCGGGUGUAUAUGGCAGUUUAAUAUUUCACACACACACCAGUGCCAUGCGCGUUAAAGCGAUGCUGGAGAGAUUUCAUUGUUGAAAACGCGUUAUUUUGAAAGAUGUGCAUUGAAGGUGCGUGCAUUUGCGUAUUGUGAUUGAUUCCCUCGUUGGGUCCCCUGCGCACGCUGAACAGAUGGCCUCGAUCAGCCGGUUUCGCGCUUUCAUCGCGCUCCUGUUGUUCCUCAUGGAAGCAGUCUCCUCUGAGCAGGAUUUCUUUGGCAGGAUGAAGAGAUGCAUCCGUUGCCCUGAAGGCACUCACUCAAGAUCUCAGUGCCCAGAUGACCUGAAGCGUGACUGCCAGCCCUGCAGCAAUGGAUACUACUGGAGCAUCAAGAACGGGAUCCCAGUGUGCCGACUCUGCACCCAGCCCUGCUCAGGUGCAGAUCAGCUGGUGGAGGUGACAGGCUGCAGUCUCUUGUCUAACCGGCAGUGUCGGUGCCAGGCGGGCUGGUUCUGUGAGACCCACGCUCGGUACACCUGCACCCGGUGCCAGCGGCACAGAGAGUGUGAGCCGGGCUGGGGGGUGCUGCAGCCAGGUGAUGCCUUCACUGAUACCACCUGCCAGCGCUGUCCUGCGGGGCAUUACUCCAACCAGACAUCCUCCACCGAGCUCUGCCGAGCGCACACCAACUGUUCCAGUCUAGGUCAGGCUGUGUUUCUGCAGGGCUCUGAUACCCGUGAUGGAGUCUGUGUCCGCGCUGCCUCCUCCACUCCCCCAGGGGGCGCUUCAACGGGACAGCUCUCCACAAGCCCCGCCCACCACGACUCUACAGCCCCUUCCACCACGGUCACCGCUGCCUCCACAGGUUCCACGGUUUCCAUGACAACAGAUCCUGCCUCAAACCCGACGACACAACGUGCUGUUACCACGGAGACCACAGAACCUCACCCGCCCAUCUCCCUCACCAACAUGAUCACACCCCCUGUGACUCUCCCCAUCACAACCAGCAGCACAGCGCCUCCCUCUGGACCUAAAGGCUCUCUGGAGAGUCUCGCUGUCUUCAUCUCCGUCUCGCUGAUCUGCUGCCUGCUGCUCCUGCUUCUGAAGAAUCGAAGGAGACUGGGAGCCCUGUUCAAACACUCCCAAGGUAUGACAGAUAUGAAGCUGAUUCCACAGCGGCCUCCUGAUCUCCUGGAGUUCAAACACAAGCAGCAGGACUGCCCCCUGCUGGCCGCAGAGGGGGAGAGGCAGGAGAGCCGCGAGCCGGGAGCGAGGCCCCCCGUGGAGGAGGUGAGGCCCCUGGGCAGGGCCGGAGAUGGGGCCCCCGCGGAGCCGGGUGUCUUUCAGGAACCCUGCAGUGACAGCUGGGUGCAGCAGUUCAUCGUGGAGCCUAAAGGGGGCGACAGCGUCAACAACAACAUCGGGUCCAUCUUCAUCCUGCACCCCAGCACUGUGAUCCUGGGCUCAGGCAGAGGGGGGAUUAAGAGGACAGGGGGAGGAGAGGGGGAUCCCCCGAUCAGCACCCCCCAGCAGGAGAGCCAGAGCCAGAGCCAGAGCCAGAGCCAGCCGGAUGAAGCCUGCAGAGCCAGUGUGUGUGUGCAGGAGGAGGGGGGCAAGGAGCUGCACUACCCCAUCCCAGCCAGCGGGAAGUGAGGGGGCGAGAGAGAGGAGAGGAGAGGAGAGGAGAGGAGAGGGGAGGAGAGAGGAGCUGCACUACCCCAUCCCAGCCAGCGGGAAGUGAGGGGGUGAGAGAGAGGAGAGGAGAGGAGAGGAGAGGGGAGGAGAGGAGAGAGGAGCUGCACUACCCCAUCCCAGCCAGCAGGGACUGAGGGGAGAUCAAACCCUGAUGGGACGAGGAUUCCGGAGUGUUCGGAGUGCAGAUUUAUUUCUCUGGGUAGCGGGUGGCUGUUAGUGUUACCCCUUCUUGCUUUGACGUUGUUCUGGGGUCUUUCGUUGUGACUGAACUUCAACAGCAAGGACAGAAAACAACGAGCAAGGAAGGACUGAUUCUCCAGGGAUUCCAGUGAGAGUGAUUCUCCAGGGAUUCCAGUGAGUGAUUCUCCAGGGAUUCCAGUGAGAGUGCUUCUUCAGGGAUUCCAGUGAGUGAUUCUCCAGGGAUUCCAGUGAGAGUGCUUCUCCAGGGAUUCCAGUGAGAGUGAUUCUCCAGGGAUUCCAGUGAGAGUGAUUCUCCAGUGAGAGUGAUUCUCCAGGGAUUCCAGUGAGAGUGAUUCUCCAGGGAUUCCAGUGAGAGUGAUUCUCCAGGGAUUCCAGUGAGAGUGAUUCUCCAGGGAUUCCAGUGAGAGUGAUUCUCCAGUGAGAGUGAUUCUCCAGGGAUUCCAGUGAGAUUGAUUCUCCAGGGAUUCCAGUGAGUGAUUCUCCAGUGAGAGUGAUUCUCCAGGGAUUCCAGUGAGAG